AUGGGUGUGGAUUAUUAUAAGAUAUUACAAGUUGACAAGAAUGCCAAAGAUGAAGAUUUGAAGAAAGCUUAUAGAAAGCUUGCCAUGAAGUGGCACCCUGAUAAGAAUCCUAAUAACAAGAAAGAUGCUGAGGCCAAAUUCAAACAGAUCUCGGAAGCCUAUGAG